AUGGCUGCCAAAAUCCCUGGAUCAGUUUUGUUCGAAGCCAUUCAACGCCAUGACCCUACCUCUACAGCAAUAGUCGAUGCCGCAUCCGGAACGGAAUAUACAUACGGUGCACUGCUACGCGACGUGUCAUGUGUCAAAGCGACGCUGUUGUCCAAGUUAAGUCGGAACGUUCUUCCUGGUGAGCGCAUCGCAUUCAUCGUCGAGAAUGGCUACAACUAUGUUGUAACGUUGCUGGCAAUCUUCGCCUGCAAUGCUAUCGCUGUCCCUUUGGCGAUUUCAUUUCCUGCAUUUGAGCUGAGACAUGUCCUAAACAUCAGCCAGACUGCGGUCCUUCUCUCAUCCACCAAGUUCGCAGGGAAAGCCGGAGAAGUCAUGACAGAGGGUCUCGAUUCAUUACCGAGCUUUUACGAGGUAGAAACCCUCCUCGAUGGAUCGGAAAAGCUCGCGGCGUCUGAGUUCAGAGUGCCUUGCACUCUGAAUGCUGGCAUGAUGCUGUUCACAUCUGGAACUACCGCCAAGCCGAAGGGUGUCAUGCUUUCUGAUGCUACCCUCGCCGCUCAAGCACAGAGCUUGCUGGUAGCAUGGACUUAUUCGCCAUCCGAUCGUUUGCUGCAUGUUUUGCCGCUCCAUCAUAUCCAUGGUACAGUCAACGCGAUUCUGACGCCACUACUUGCCGGGAGUAGCAUCGAGUUCAUGUAUCCUUUCAAAGCGGACGAAGUCUGGAAACGCUUCGCAGCCCCUUUCAUGAAGCCGGGAAAGAACGGUGCCCCAGCCGUGGCCAUCUAUCCAAUCACAUUCUUCACUGCAGUCCCCACCAUGUGGUCUCGGAUGCUUGAUGCAUAUUCAUCAUUGCCACCCCUCCUUCAGGAGGCUGGUAAGAAGGCUAUCAGCCGCGAAAACCUUCGUCUAAACAUCUCGGGCUCGGCAGCUCUGCCUAAGCCGAUACGUGACGGAUGGAACGAGCUCUCUGGUAACAACACUCUGCUCGAACGAUACGGGAUGACCGAGGUUGGCAUGGCACUCUCUUGUGGCCUCGAGGAAGAAGAUCGAAUUGACGGGUCGGUCGGCUGGCCUUUACCCUCUGUGGAAGCUCGUCUUGUGGAAACUGACGACAGGACCGGUACCCAAUCAGUAAUUGAACCGGGGGCUGAGAUCGAUCCUCUGUCGGGCAAAGAGCGCCUGGGCGAAGUGCAGUUGCGUGGCCCUACCGUGUUUAGCGGGUACUGGGCCGAUCCGGUAGCAACCGCGAAGGAAUUCACAGAUGAUGGAUGGUUCAAGACUGGUGACAUAGCCGCCCGGCGACUCCUUAUUGGAUCCGGACAAGGCCGUUCUAGCUCAUGGGCCCAAGGUCCUGCAUACUUCAUUCAAGGACGACGAAGCGCGGAUAUCAUCAAAACUGGAGGUGAGAAGGUAUCGGCUCUUGAAAUCGAGCGUGAGAUACUGUCUUUACCAGAAGUCAGUGAGGUUGCCGUUCUCGGUCUCCCGUCUCAGAUAUGGGGCCAAAAAGUUGUGGCUGUCAUUGUGCUUUCGCGUGAGUGCCAGGAAAGUGGCAAGCCUUGGGGAUUGACUGAGUUGCGACAGGAUCUGAAGAAUCGCCUGGUUGGCUACAAGAUCCCACAGGAUGUUGAAGUUGUUGAGACAAUCAAGAGAAACGCGAUGGGCAAGAUCAACAAGAAGGAGUUGGCACCGGCGGUCUUUGGCGAUAUUGAGAAGAUCCGAAGGAGGAGUGUGGAUCUGUUUGAGAAGAAAAACGCACUCAAGAAGGCCACCGACGCAAAGCAGUAG